UUUUUCCACUUCACACCGCUCCCGCGCUUUAAUCCGGAUUCUCACUUUAUGGGAAAGGGAGAGUAAAGUGAUGAACCGGGACAGAGCGGUACCGGGGCCCGGAGCGGACGGGGUCCAGACCGUAAUAAGCCGGGACAGAGCCGUAGCGGGGCCCGUGGCGGACGCGGUCCAGCCCGUGAUGAGCCGGGACAGAGCGAUACCGGCGCCAGACGGGGACGGGAUCCAGACCGUUGUGGGCCCGGACGGCGGAGACGUCCUGGACGGAGUCGCGGCCGGAGAGAAACGGCUCUUCUCUAACGCGGCGGCCGGAGGCAGAGACGCUCAGGCCGUGGAGAACCACACGGAGCCUCCGCCGACGAACCCGGUGUUAGUCCCGCCGCAGCAGGGCCCCACCGGGCACCGGACCACCUCUUUCUCCGUCCUGGACAUCCUGGACCCCAACAAGUUCACGAGCAACCGAAGACAUCACCAGCAGCAGCACGCGAGCAACCGGGGUGAGCGCGAGCUGAGCGCGUACGGAACGGAGAACCGGAGAGGAGGAGCCGGGGAGCGCGAGCCCAGUCUGGAGCCCAGCAAAGGCUGCUACGGUGCCGAGGAGUACCAGAGCAAGGAAGGCUUUGUGUACAGAAGCCCAGAUGAGGAUGACUACCACAGAUCUGGGACCCCAGACUCAGAGGCUCCAGAUGGGCCCUACAGCAGUGAGGAGAGCAGCUCAGCCCUGCCCAGUAAUGAGGAGAGGGAUCUGGGCCAGCACAGCCACCAGGACCCUUCCAGAGACACCAAGAGCCCAGGAGGAGGUCCCGCAGGCCAGAUCACCAACGUCCAGACCAACGGGGGCCAGGGGGCCAAGCCCAAGAGGAAGCGCUCUGGCUCAGACUCCAAGUCAGGGAAGCCCCGCAGAGCCCGGACUGCCUUCACCUACGAGCAGCUGGUGGCGCUGGAGAACAAGUUCAAGUCCACGCGGUACCUGUCAGUGUGCGAGCGGCUCAACCUGGCCCUGUCACUCUCCCUCACUGAGACCCAGGUCAAGAUCUGGUUCCAGAACCGCCGGACCAAGUGGAAGAAACAAAACCCCGGAGCCGACACCUCUGCCCCGACCGGCGCGGGAGGGACCGGGGGUACGGGAGGCGCGGGGGGAGGGGCGGGAGGCCUGGGGAGCCUCAGCCCUCUCAGCCCCUCCCCGCCGGUCAGCGGGCACCUGGCCAUGCACGCUGGCUACGCCGGCCACCAUCACCCCCCCGCCGGCAGCCUGGUCCAGCUGCCUUUCCUCACAGCCAGCCACGUCCUGUCCCCCUUCAUGCUGGGGACGCAGAGCUACGCUGCCCCCGCCUUCUACAGCACACACCUGUAGACACACACACACACACACACACACACACUAAAUUGACAGAUACACCCUCAAAGACACUCUGAGCCCAGAGAGACUGGAAGGUUUCAGCCUAGCAGACAGACUGUCAGUGCUCAGCUCUGCUCUUCUUUUUACUACCAACAUUUGAAGGCUUUAAUUUCAACGGAUUAUUUUGAUAGAAUGUGAAUAUCAACCAGAAACUGUACAUAAAUCUAUGUUCUAGCUCCCUAUUCUGAAUGCUGUUUUAAACUAUGUAAUAGACAAAUAGCUGAUUUCUUUGUUUUGAAAAAAGUCUGUAUGAAUAUUGAAUGUUUAUUUAUGACUUAAGGAAUGGCUUGAUCUAUUGUCAGUACUGUGUAACUCCAGCUGUGAUUGUUUUCAUUGGGACUGUUUCUGUUAUUUAUUGAAUUUGUUGACAGUUUCCAGAAAAUCCUUGGAUGUACUGAAUCCUCAGCUCAACAUGAUAUACUGUCUUUGAUAUUAAAAUAACCACAA